AUGGCCGCCAUUAACACCAACACCUCGUCUCCCUCCGAGAUCCAGGAGAUCACCACCCCUGCACCUGCCAUCGCCUUCUCUCAAGAACCCGACCGUCGUGGACGUGACCACUCAAUCACGCCCUUGAUCGAGGAAGACACCGUUGCCGACAUCAACGUCACCAGCGCCGAGGCCAGGAAGCACCGCAGCUCCUUGGCUGCCUUUGCUGACCGUCUUCGCUCUCGCUCGCGUUCCCACUCUCGCCAGCGCUCUACUGAGGACGAUCUUUCCUUGGACCGCACAACCACCCAGUCCUCGGUCAACUCGACAUCGUCUCGCAAGUCGUCCAAGUCAAGAUCUGGAUCCCGCCGAUCCUCCAUCGACGAGAACGCUCCCUACGCGGACGUUAUUCGUGCACAGGAAGAGUUCAUGGAGAAGCUGAGGGAUGAGCAAGAGAAGAACCAUAUCACGCACAACGCGGACGGUAUCCCAAUCCCACCUCGCAAGCCCUCGUCCCGAAGCAGCAGCAGACGGUCAAGCGUCUCCCACGCCUUGGGACUCGACAAGCCCAUGCUCGCGUUUUAA